AUCGUUCAGGACACAUUUCCUAAAGCCUCUAGGCCAAGAUUCAGCAUUAAAAUAAACUGCAGUUGUUCAUGUUUCUGAAAGAAGUCUCUUCUGCGCAAUAGGGCUGCAUUUGUGGUGCCGAAUUUUGACCCCCUGCCAAAUUAUUGAGACAGGGGUAGCUGCAGCCUGGAGCAAUGGGUGCGCCGAAAGGUUGGGGCGUGGCAAAAGGUAGGGGCGUGGCAAAAGGUUUCUCAUUGGUGGAAGGAGUUUUACUGCUGGCCAAUCAGCAGCUAAAUAUACAUUUACGUAAUUUCCUUAGACAAGGUGGCGGCGAUAAGACGUGAGCGUUAGUAAUUAGUUUAUUGUUGUUGACAGACAUGUGUACAGUGAGACAAAACGAUGACCUCAUCGACAGCGAAUCCUUCAGAGAUGAUUGUUUAUAUCUGCGUCCUUCUUGUACAAGAGAGUACAGAAUACAUCCUGUCUCUCAACUAAUGCAGAGUAUAUUCAAGCUGCCAACACACUGAUGUGAAGAGAAAUAUAGAAAGAAAUGACUGUGAAGCUUGUGUUGGGGAGGAUUCAGUGUCUGGUGAGGCUCAUGUGAAUGUGUUAUAAAGUGAAACACAUCCAGACACAUGGACUGCCAAAGACCACACGACAGGAACAUGCUCCUGGAGACGCUGAGAAAGCACAGAAGGAAUCUCUGAGGAGGAUGUACUCAGAAACUACACAUACUUCAGGACACCUGCUGGAGUGAGUAUAUUAAAGAAACAAACUCAUCAACUGUAAAAUAUCUCGUAUCAAAUCUUUUCAGGUAAUAUUUUAUUAUUCUGUACCUUUUUAGCCCAUCUGUUAAACAUUUAAAGCAAUAGUUUUAGAAAACAAUGUAAGAUUUAUCCGUGUAUACAAGAAGAUGAAAUGCAUGGUAUAUUGUGACUCUUAUACAUUAGCUUCUGAUUGUUUCUGCAGUGUAUGUAGCUACACCGUCCGAGCCAAAAUUCGGCACAACAGAUUUAUUGUAAAACAGGACGCCUACGUUGACUAUACUAUAUUACAAUCAAAUUUAAUCUAAUCUUGACAAACUAUAUAUCGUUGGAAAGGUCUAAGACUCCCAAAUAUAUAUUUUACCAAUAUUUUUUCUUAAAAAUUAUAUAGGAAAAGUAAUAGAUAAAUGUAUGACAAGAGUGCACCCUCAGAAAUCUACAUUACAAAAGAAGCUUUGACCUUAGUUAAAAAAUAAGUCUUCCUCGUUGCCUUUUUCUCUAUCACAUUUUAGAAAUCAUCAGAAGUUAUAUAUCACUUGAAAACAUAAAAUCUCAAAAUUCAUCCUUCAAAACCCAUUUUAAAAUCAGAAAUUGCAUUACCAUGUAAAUGGCACAUCAAAAUCAUGUUACAAAAUGUUUUCAGUCAUGAGGUUUGUAUCAUGCACAUUCAUCUCUAUCUUCAGAAACGUGAGUGGCAGUUAACAGGUUAAAAUAACAGUUUUCUGUGUGAACCUGAAUUAAUGUUGUCCACAAGAGUAGUGUGAAUAAUGGGAUUGCCUGGUGAUGAGUGUGUUCUUUCUCACGGGACACACCUGAGUCCAGGAGUAAUGACUUUCUCUCAUCCACCAAAGUUAAGUCACGUCUAACACAGAAACUGAACCUGGACGGUUAUUGCAGUUCAAAUUGAAAUUAAUGGUAACUUUGAUGUUUUUGUUAAUAUCUAUGCAUCAAAUAGUGGUUUGGGCAGAAUAAAUAUUUUUAAUAAAUUGUAGUUUUUCUUUAAAAAUCUCAGCGUAUGCUAAUGAUAUCGCUGUAUAUUACACAAAUGGAAAUGAUGUUCACAUUUGAACAGAUAUGUUGAAGAGUUAUGGGAAAGCUUCAUCUUCCAGAGUAGAUUGGGACAGAAGUGGUUCCCUGUGUGUGGCUCAGAUUCUAGAAGAUUACACUGGGGAAGUUCUGGGCUAAAGUAUCUGGAGGUAUUUUUAGGAAAAGAAGAAUAUAAUUGGGAUUUGGAAAUGUUAAGGUCGCCGUCAAUGUGGAGUGCUUUAAGGAAUGCUGGAAUGACAAAGACUGGACUUUUUCUAAUAACAAAUGAAUGGAUGUCAUCUGAUGCUGCAGAUGUGUGUGAGGUCACUUCACUUGAGACGGUGGAAUGAUCUUCUUCAGUGUUUAGCUAUGAAUUUAAAAAAUGAAGAUUUAGAUGGAUGUCCUUUCCUAGAGUUAAAUCUUGUGCUUUUGAUGCUUUUCAAGAGAGAGAGGGUUUUCUGCUCAACGUCAGAACUCCUGAACCUGAACUUUUUAGAGAAACUGGGAAAAAAGCACUGUAAAGUUCCCCAUAUUAACUCUUUAAAGGGGCUAAAAGAAUCUAAAUAUCAGGAGGUUUUCGGAUCAGAUGGAGGACCUCGUAUAAGACUGAGAGAAGCACUGGGGAUCUUCAGUGGAGACGUGUUUAAUAACCACAGACACGAGCACAGCGUGAUCCACAGCAGACCAAUAUGUGUUUAUUACUGCGGUAGACUUGAAGCUUUGCUAUCUCAGCUAGAACAACAGUCUAGCAUUUCAGGAGGAUUUUCACCCGUACUUUUUAUUUAUGGUCCUAAGUAUAACAAAAAUAAAAAGCUCUUGAUUCUUAACGUUUUGUUUGGGCUUACAUCACGUUAAUGUAAGUUAAAUGGUAUGGGUUCAACUGAUGAAGUUAUGAUUUUAAAGGGUUUAAUAAAAUCAAGGCUAACAGUGGAAUCAGCAGGUUAAAGACUUCGAGACGUACUUGGGUGAAUAAGUGUUUGUGUGAAACUAUCAUGGAUGCUUCUUUAGGAAUACAGGUUUAAUCUUAUUGAGAUGUUUUUGGUUUGGUUUUAAUCUCUGUGUUGUUUAUUUCAUUAUGUAAGGGUGGGUUUUGUGUGUAGAUCUUAUGUAAUUUAAAAGUCAAAAAAGUCUUUCUCACACUUCCUCUGUCUAACACACGCACACGCACACACACACACACACACACACAGUGUACUUAUAAAACCAAUGACGAGAAUCAGUUUCAGCCAAUCUGUGUGUUAAAGAGAGAGAGAGAGAGAGUGUGUGUGUGUGUGUGUGUUUCAAGAAAUAGAUCAGAAGGAAGUGAUCACUUCCUGUAUGGCUUCUCAUAUCGAGAGUGUGUGUGUGAUGGAGGCUGAUGUUAAUCUCACACAGGAAGUUGAGAACUUUCUGAGGGGCGUCACCACAAAAUAACUGUCAAUCACCUUCUCUCUCUCUCUCUCUCUCUCUCUCUCUCUCUCACACACACACACACACACACACACACACCGCUGGAGCUCAGUGAACCCGUCCUGCUCUUCUGGAGAUGAAGGAGUCUGUGUGUGUGUGAUGAUGACGAGACGUCUCUGCUAAUGAUGGAUGACAGGAACAGACGUGAGCGGAUCAGACCUGCACACACACACCUGGAUGAAGACAGCUGUCCUGCUGAACGAGCUCCUAAAGGUUACAUCGGAGCAGGAGAUGUUGUACACACUCUUCCUCCUCCACUGCGUGUAAAGCCAGGAUGUAAAGGUCCGGCCAUCAACAGAGAUCUCAAACCUGGGAGACUGCCCAAGAGCUCCUCAGAUGGACGAUUGGAGUUGAUGGGAUCUGCUGAGAGGGCUUUCACAGUCCCACACAGGCCGGUGAGAUCAUUACCCAGAGAUCACCUGCGUUUACCGCCUCCACCAGUACAGACCAUCACUGACUGUCCUAACCAGUUUAACCAGUUUGAUGAGUCUCCUCCGUCCAGACCUGCACCAGAACCAGCGUCACCGCUGACCAGAUCACACACCAGCAGACCAGCAUGGACACAACCCAGUCCGAGUGAGCGAGGGAAUGUUAAUACAUCAUCAUCUUCAAGUCACACGUCUCACAGGUUUUCUCUGGAUCUGGAGUCUCAGGAUUUGGACAGCUGCUGUGAGAGAGAGACGAGCUCGCUGGGUAAGAGUCUCACUGAAUCACAGCUGAAGCGGCUCACAGUCACCGAGUCUGAAGAACUCUCUGGAUGCGUUUCAGAUUCACACGUGAGGAAACAGCAGCAUCACGAAUGGCCUCGUGCUAAAGGAGAAGCCCUCGGCAGCUUCACCAACCACAGCAAACCUGCACAGGGAUUGGAGGAUCAGAACUGGUAUGUUGGUGCGGUCAGUCGUGUGGACGCUGAACACGCUCUUCACCUGGUCAACAGGGAAGGAGCCUUUCUAGUGCGCGACUGCUCGAAGAACACUACCUAUGAGCCCUUGGUCCUCGCUGUGUUUUACAGCAAAAGAGUGUUUAACAUUCAGAUCCGCUUCAGUGAUGAAACCAGCAAAUACUCUCUGGGAACAGGCCUGAGAACCAAUGACAGGUUCGACUCCGUCACCGACAUCAUCAGGUUCCACUCCAUUUUUCCCAUCGUUCUCAUUGAUGGGCGGAAACCUUCGGAGGCAGCCAAUCAGGGGAGGCAGUGUGUGCUGAUGUACCCAAUCACAAAGCAGGAUCUGACCAAGCUGUUGAAAUAAGAGCAAAUACAAACUGCAACAUCUCCGGGACGUUUAACUGACAUCUUAACUUUAUAAGUCAUUUCUAGUGACGUCUGACUCGCUCAAAAAAAGAGACAUAGAGCUCAUCUGAUAGAACGAAGAAAAAUCUGUCAAUUAAUAAUGUGGUGGUGUAUAGCAAUCAAAUAUAUAAAGAAUUCAAUGUUUUAACACA